AUGGGAAGUAGCAAAGCAAUUGGAAUUGACUUAGGUACUACGUAUAGUUGUGUUGGUGUUUAUCAAUAUGGUCGAGUAGAAAUAAUAGCUAAUGACCAAGGCAACAAAACUACGCCAUCAUAUGUUGCAUUUACGGAAAGUGAACGUUUAAUUGGUGAUUCAGCAUAUGAUCAAGUAGCUCGUAAUCCAGAAAAUACAAUUUUUUCAAUAAAACGAUUGAUAGGACGAAAGUUAAACGAUCCAAAAGUUCAAGAAGAUAUGCGUUUAUGGCCAUUUAAAGUAAUUUCUAAAAAUGGCAAACCAGCAAUCGAAGUAGAAUUUAAGAAUGAACAACGAACAUUUACUCCAGAAGAAAUUUCAUCUAUGAUUUUGAGUAAAAUGAAAGAAACAGCUGAAAUUUUUUUGGGAUUUACUGUAAGUAAAGCAGUUAUCACAGUACCAGCAUAUUUUAAUGAUAGUCAGCGACAAGCGACUAAAGACGCUGGAAUUAUCGCUGGAUUAGACGUCUUGCGAAUUAUUAAUGAGCCAACAGCAGCAGCAUUAGCAUAUGGCCUUGAUAAGAAAUUAAAAAAUGAUCAAAAUGUUCUCAUAUUUGAUCUUGGAGGAGGCACAUUUGAUGUUUCAAUACUUUCAAUCGCUGAAGGAUCACUUUUCGAGGUCAAGGCCACUGCUGGAAAUACUCAUCUUGGUGGUGAAGAUUUUGAUGAUCGACUUGUUCAAUUUUUCACAAAUGAAUUUAAACGUAAAACAGGAAAUGAUAUCACACGUAGUCCACGUUCAUUACGGCGAUUACGUACAACAUGUGAAAGAGCAAAACGAACGUUAUCAAGCUCUACUCAAGCAACUAUCGAAAUAGAUAGUCUGUAUGAAGGCACUGAUUUUUAUUCUUCAAUAUCUCGAGCGAGAUUUGAAGAAUUAUGCGGUGAUUUGUUCCGAAAAACAUUAAAACCUGUAGAAAAUGCAUUGGAAGAUGCCCGACUAAAAAAGCAUGAAAUUAAUGAAGUAGUAUUAGUUGGUGGUUCAACGAGGAUUCCAAAGAUUCAAAAAUUACUUUCUGAAUUUUUUAAUGGUAAAGAGCUUAAUCAUUCUAUAAAUCCUGAUGAGGCAGUAGCUUAUGGCGCAGCAGUUCAAGCAGCUAUUCUCACUGACGUACGUGAUGCAAAUGUGAAAGACGUGUUGCUAGUUGAUGUGACACCACUUUCUUUAGGUAUUGAAACUGCUGGUGGAGUGAUGACUACUUUAAUUGAACGAAAUACUCGAAUUCCUGUAAAAACAUCAAAAAUGUUUACUACAUUUUCAAAUAAUCAACCAGGAGUUAGCGUACAGGUAUUUGAAGGUGAACGUAGCAUGACAAAAGAUAAUAAUAUGCUAGGUAAUUUUGAUUUAAUGGGAAUACCACCAGCUCCACGUGGAAUCCCACAAAUUGAAGUAACAUUUGAUAUCGAUGCAAAUGGAAUUUUAAGUGUUGCUGCUGUUGAACGCUCUACUGGAAAAAGUAACAAAAUACAAAUUAAAAAUGAAAAAGGACGAUUAUCAAAAGCAGAAAUUGAACGCAUGAUAAAUGAUGCUAAGCGAUUUGAACGUGAAGAUCGUGAAUCACGCGAACGUAUUGGAGCACGCAAUAAUUUUGAAACAUACGUGUAUCACGUGAAACAAGCAGUUGAGGAUUAUGGCAAUCGUUUAAGUUCAUCUGAUCGUCAUCGUGCACUUGAUGAAUGUGAAAAUGCUAUAAGAUGGCUAGAAAGAAAUCAAGAAGCAGAUAAAUCAGAUUAUGAUUAUCAUCACGAUCAACUGCAAUCAAUCUGUAAGCCAAUAAUGGUCAAAUUACAUCAGCCCAAUGGUUCUUCCACUUUCCGUCCCAAAUCAGAUGGACCAAAAAUUGAAGAAGUUGACUGA